AUGCCGCUAUGGCGUAAAUGGCACGUUGCUGCUGUUGCGGAAUGGCGAUCCGCAAUGUGCCCUUGCCUCGUUCGCUUCGCCGAUGGGUGGCCGGAAGAGAAGCUCCAGGAGAGAGGGGCACCAUCCAAGGUGUUCCCCUCUUUUUGGGCCAAUGUGAGUUGCCUCAGCGAUGGAGAGAGGGACUUUUUCGUGCAGUGCGUGGAGCACAUUCGCUACGGCGUGGGUAUGGGUACAACGCCGUCGGCGCAGAGAGCGAUGGAUCGCCUGAGUGAAGGAAGAAUGGCGUGCCAUCACACAGUCGGAGCUUCGGCAGAUGAUACAACGACCACAAUAUGUGACGUUUUGCUAAUGCCUGAUGGGAGGCCGUGUAUUGGAUGGUUUCUGGACAAGUUUGAGUUUCACCACUACGCUGCUGUCAUUGCCGCAUUCGAGGAGCGGUGGCGUGUCUCGUCAGGUGCCCUGUGGUCGCUGAAGGAUCGCAGCAUUAAUGCCCAGUUGAACACAAUGACUUUCAGCAACCGUCAGGAUAGUGUGUUCGGCGAUUCUGAAGAGCUGUCAAUCGAACGGAUAAAUGCCAAUGUGCUACGACACGCCAGGGGUGUGGAUAAGAGUUUGCCUUGCGACGAAGGCGGUAUCGCUGGAAUACACCAUUUGUCCCUCUCUCUUCUAAAGAAUCCCACAGAGGCGAAGAGCGAAUCUCUACUUGUGUCUUUAAACAAUUACAUCGAGUCAGCAAAAGAGGUGAAUGAAGGCAUGACAAGUUACCCUAUUCUCUGCCGUUCGCUUGGCUGCCUGUUGGCAUCGAAGCUACCUGAGGAACUUGGUGGUGUUAAUGACACGCGUAAGCGUGCGAUUGGUGCAGCGAUUCAUUCCAUGACGGUGCCUGACGAGAGUAUGCAGGCUUAUCAACAACUCGUGGGAGACUCACUGGACGCUGUUGAGGGCAAACAGUUGGGUCCACUCCCUCAUUCAACCUUCCGUGCGUUGACAGCUGCUGUGCACAAGCUUCUUCAUGGAGGCCUAGAUGAUGCGGAGAGGAUACUGAAGUGGUUUCCGAUCGUUGUGACACUCUGUCUAUUGGCACCCACACCGAAAGCAAGAGACGAUGCCAUCUACGCCGCACUACUUGUAGUUCCCUCUAUUGACGGAUACAUGAGUGCAUACGAAUCUUCUGUUUUACAGCAACACUCCACUGCUGAAAAGCAGCAGCAGCAUCAUAGCGAUGGCGAGUACUCCCGCGGAGAUGUGGGCCUUGUCGAUCAUAUCGCGAUGAAUCGCGUGCUCUGCGGUGAGAGUUGCGCCGCUCCACGUGCUGCAAGUGCUGCGGCUCCAAAACCGCUUUUCACAAGCUACAGUGGGGUCUGGAUGCCAGGGGUGGGGUUGGAUUCAUCCUUCUACUUUUCCAAUCUUAUUGCGGCGUGCGAUGCGCUUGCAGGCUUGCUGGGCGUGCCGGAUUCGUUGCAACACACUCACAAUGCCUCUCAAAGGGCCGUGCAUCGCCUUCGGCACAAGCUUCGUGUCCAUGCCUUCCGCCGGUUUGGCUUUGUCAACGCCUCUAAAUUGUGGGGAUCUGAGUUUCGAAACAGGGCGCUGCCAUUUUUUAACGCCCUGCAAACAUCUUUGAUUCCUUCUCCGAAUAUCGCCGUCUUCCGUUUCAGAAACAGUGAGCUGAUGCCGAAGCCGUUUGAUGCCGUGGAGGAACCGCUGUCCUUAAUGCGGUUGCUCACCCCGCUGUACCUUCACUCGCCUGGCGCCUCCCCCUGCUUUUGGGUGGAGUGUGGCACCGUCCAGGAGCUGGAGUUUUUGGCCGUUAAGGCGGGUGAUGGAAAGCGGAUACGGUGCCUAUUCACACCAAACAGUCGAGGAGCCAACAUUUCGAUGGAAUAUGACGCAAAUCAGGGUGUCUUGUCGUCUCUGGCUGCCGCUGCGGUGAACGAGCUUAAGAAGGGGCCCGAGACUCGCUUCGUGGAUGUGGCUGCCUACGUACAAGAAGGCAGAGUUAUUACACGUUUGCUGUUGCCGUCUGCUCGGCCAGGCUAUGAUGGGGCGUGGCCAAGCAUAAACGAAAAUAAAGACUGA